AUGGCCGCUGGCGGACUGCCUCCGCAGCCUCCUGGCGUGGACUUGUCCCAAAACAAGCAGCCUCUGAUAAUCGCGAUUACGGUGGCGACCUGGGGGCUGGCAUUGACAAUGGUCAUUUGUCGAAUCGUCGGACGACGGAUGAGAGGGCUGCGGCUAUGGCUCGACGACUGGUUUAUUAUUGUAGCCUUGCUACCAGCCCUUGGCCACCUUCUCGGCAUGGCAGCAUACGCUGUUAGUCGGGGCCUUGGAAAACAUGUCUGGGUUGCGAAGCCAGACGCUGUUUAUGCAUGGGCGCUGGGCUUAUUCAUCGCCGAAAUCUGCUAUACUCUAACUUUGGUCUCUGUCAAGCUUUCCAUUCUGUCAUUUUACUGGCGGUCAUUUGCAGUUCGAGACUCAAUCAAGUGGCCGAUUUUCGUCCUUGUAUCCAUUGUGUGCAUCUGGGGAAUUGCGGUGUUGCUCGUCACCUUUCUCCAAUGCCUACCUACCCGAGCAGUUUGGGAGCGUUUCAACCCCGUCAACCCUAUGAGUCCUGAUGAGUAUCACUGUGGCGCCGACCAAAUCAAGUUCUUUUAUGGAAAUGCUAUCCCGACUAUUGCUACGGAUUUGAUGAUGCUGGCGCUUCCUGUGCCGUACAUAUGGAGACUUCAGUUGCCACGGAUUCAAAAGGUUGCUCUGGGGUGUGUCUUCUUGGUUGGGAUAUUCGUGACUAUUGUUUCCAUUGUACGAUUUUACUACCUGCUGUCGCUCGAUCUCACAGACCCAGACGUUACAUGGAACUUUGUUGCGGUGGGAGUUUGGUCCAUUGUUGAAGGAAACAUUGCCAUUGUGUGUGCUUGUUUGCCAUUCCUGAAGCCCAUAAUCAACAAAAUAUCCUUUGGACUACUCUACCUGACUCCAAUCUCGUUUAACAACCUUCGACCAUCCAAAGACUCUGGCUCCAGCGCACACCAGAAAGACAUUUUUCGCACUUGGGGUGUAGAUAAAAGUCAUGGAACAUCAACCACUCACGUAAAAUCUCAUAAUCAUGACGGACCUGAGACCGAUGAGCAUCCGUUUGCCCACCUAACAGAUGAAGCGUCCGAAAACGAAUCAGCCAGGAGAGAUGAUACGGAGUCUAUCGAAUUGGAAGACGUUGGUGUCAGUCCUCCCUCAAGAGGCAUUAUGGUUACGAGAAAUGUCCAUCAAGAACACCAGACUGCGCCAUGA